AACAUCUUUGUAUAGUGAUCCCCUUUUAUUCAUUUGUUUCUCUCUUUUAACUAGGCAAAAUAUAUAUGGACAUGGAUUCUUCAUUCAAUUUCAAACAAGAAGAAGAUAAUUGCCUCUUGUCAUUUCAAACCUCUACUACAAAUCAAGAAGUUGAAGAAUCCUGCAAGCACACACUUAACGGUGAAGACCGUAAAAGGGAAAAACGGUACAUUGGAGUAAGAAAGAGGCCAUGGGGUAAAUACGCGGCGGAAAUACGAGAUUCCACAAGGAAUGGAGCUAGGGUUUGGCUCGGAACAUUCAACACCGAAGAAGAGGCGGCCUUAGCGUACGAUCAAGCUGCAUUCGCAAUGCGGGGCCCAUCGACUCCGCUCAAUUUUCCGUUGGAAAAAGUUGUGGAAUCACUUAAGAAGAUGAACUAUACCUGCAAAGAGGGCUCCUCGCCUGCGAAAGCCCUAAAGGAGUCGAAUAAAAUGAUAAGUGCUUCGACGAAAGUGCAAAAGCAAAAAAAUAAACAAGUUAGUGAAGAGGAUGUUGUGGUUUUUGAGGAUUUGGGAUCCGAUUUGUUGGACGAGCUUUUAUCGGAGUGUAGUUCAAGUACUAGUAAGUGAACAUGAUACGCAUUCUUUAAUUUAUUUCAUUAUUUUGUUCCGAUUUUUCUCAAUUUUAUUGUUGAAAUUUCUUGUAAACCCUAGAUCUCAAGCAUUUGUAUCUAUUUAAUUUAAUUCAUUCAUUUUUUUGCUAAUAAAAUUAGGACUUGGUAUUGAAUUUAUUUAGAGACUCAGAUUGGAGUUUGGUGAAUUUU